GAGGCACCACGGUGCUGGUGGAGCUGACGCCCGACAUCCACAUCUGUGGCAUCUGCAAGCAGCAGUUUAACAACCUGGAUACCUUUGUUGCUCACAAGCAGAGUGGCUGCCAGCUGACCAGCACAUCUGGGGCAGCCCCCGGCACGGUCCAGUUUGUAUCAGAGGAAACAGUGCCUGCCACCCAGACCCAGACCACCACCAGAACCAUCACCUCAGAGACCCAGACGAUCACAGCUCCAGAAUUUGUUUUCGAACAUGGCUAUCAAACAUAUCUGCCCACGGAAAGUAAUGAAAACCAAACAGCCACUGUUAUCUCUCUCCCUGCCAAGUCACGCACCAAAAAGCCCGCGACCCCACCUGCUCAGAAAAGACUUAACUGUUGCUAUCCAGGUUGCCAAUUCAAGACUGCCUACGGCAUGAAGGACAUGGAGCGUCAUUUAAAAAUUCACACAGGAGACAAGCCCCAUAAGUGUGAAGUCUGCGGCAAGUGCUUCAGCCGGAAGGACAAGCUGAAGACCCACAUGCGCUGCCACACGGGCGUGAAGCCCUACAAGUGCAAGACAUGUGACUAUGCCGCGGCUGACAGCAGCAGCCUCAACAAGCACCUGCGGAUCCACUCCGACGAGCGGCCCUUCAAGUGCCAGAUCUGCCCCUAUGCCAGCCGCAACUCCAGCCAGCUCACCGUCCACCUGCGGUCCCACACCGGGGACGCCCCCUUCCAGUGCUGGCUCUGUAGCGCCAAGUUCAAAAUCAGCUCGGACUUGAAAAGGCACAUGCGCGUGCACUCGGGGGAGAAGCCCUUCAAGUGCGAGUUCUGCAACGUCCGCUGCACCAUGAAAGGGAACCUCAAGUCGCACAUCCGCAUCAAGCACAGCGGCAACAACUUCAAGUGCCCGCACUGCGACUUCCUGGGCGACAGCAAGGCCACCCUGCGGAAGCACAGCCGCGUGCACCAGUCCGAGCACCCCGAGAAGUGCUCCGCGUGCAGCUACUCGUGCUCCAGCAAGGCCGCGCUGCGUGCGCACGAGCGCACGCACCGCGCGGAGCGCCCGUUCAAGUGCGCCUACUGCGGCUUCGACACCAAGCAGCCUGGCAACCUGAGCAAGCACGUGAGGAAGCUCCACGGCGACGCCGUCCAGGCCGAGGCCCCGGAGAGGAAGGACACAGGCCGGCAGAGCAGCCGGCAGGUGGCCAGGCUGGACGCCAAGAAGGCGUUCCCCUGCGACCUCUGCGACGCCUCGUUCAUGCGGGAGGACUCGCUCCGCAGCCACAAGCGGCAGCACAGUGAGUACAGCGAGCACAAGGGCUCGGACGUGACCGUCCUCCAGCUCCAAGUGGGUCCCGGCAAGCCGCCCGCCGCGCCCCUCGCCGUGGGCCACCUGCAGGUGCCCCUGCCGCCGGGCCCGGUGCCCCAGUUCGGCGAGGGGAGGGUCAAGAUCAUCGUGGGGCACCAGGUGCCCCAGGCGAAUGCCAUCGUCCAGGCUGCGGCGGCAGCUGCCGCCGUGAACAUCGUCCCACCGGCCCUGGUGGCCCAGAGCCCCGAGGAGCUCCCCGGGAACAGCCGGCUGCAGGUGUUGCGCCAGGUCAGUCUGAUCGCCCCUCCGCCGCCCUCGGGGUGUCCCGGCGAGGCGGGCGCCAUGACCCAGCCGGCUGUCCUGCUGGCCACUCACGACCAGACGGACGGAGCCGCCCUGCACCAGACUCUGAUGCCCGCGGCCCCCGGCGGCCCCCAGGAAGGCCCCGGCAGCCAGACGUUCAUCGCCAGCUCGGGCGUCGCUUGCACCGACUUUGAAGGCCUUAACGCUUUGAUUCAGGAGGGGGCCGCGGAGGUGACGGUGGUCAGCGAGGGCGGCCAGAGCAUCGCGGUGGCCGCCACGGCCCCGCCCAUCUUCUCCUCGUCUUCGCAGCAGGAACUUCCCAAGCAGACCUACUCCAUCAUUCAAGGGGCGGCCCACCCUGCCUUGCUCUGUCCCGCUGACUCCAUACCGGAUUAGUCCUUAAAAACACAGGAGGGGAACGACAGAAAAAGAAAUCACAAGUAGAAUUCCGUAAGGGGUUUGCCCUUCUUGUUUUCAGGACUGUUGUGAGCCCCCAUGACCCCGUCAACAGUUGUAAUUUUAUACUGCUUACUGUCAUUUUUUUUAGCACUGUAACAACUUUGAGACCACCUCGGAAUCCCGUGGUUUAACUGUUGAAUUUUAAAUGUUACCGAGAUAAUUCCAGUGAGGGGUUGGAGUUAAACUCCUAAAUCGUGAAUAUAUUUGUCUGUUUCCAGCUUGAUUUUCCAACCCCAAUAAAAUGUCUUUUACCAUCUCGUUAAAUUUAUGUAGUAGACGGUACUUCUCAGCCUCUCUUCUGCCCCAUGAUGAAAUGCCCCCCAGAGUUUGGGGUAUUUGUGUUUUAGUACACAAAUGCAAAUCUAUUGGCAUGAAGAACCAUUUUCUACAUAAUGCUUUGUGGAUACUUGGCCCCCCCAAAAAAAUGUUUAAUGCUAAUAGUUCCCUAAUAAAAAAGAAAUGGUUCCCUAAUAAAUUGAUACUUGAUUAAAAUGUACUGAA